UCAGAUUUUGAAGUUUGGCGCCGGCGGUACGAGAAGCAGCCUGUGCAUGUUGCGACUUGUUGUUCGCUGUUGUGUUAGUUUGUAAUCAUGAGUGAAACUGUGUGUUGCACCUUGCAGAAUGGUAGCCCAAGCAAGAAAGAAACAGCAGGGAAACAUAACAUUGCAUUGAAAAAUGUGGCUGAAAAUGGAACUGAUGUGCCAUUCGAGAACACAAAUGGUGCCCUUCCUGUUCAUGAAGAGUAUCAGUACCUCAAACACAUUGAAGAAAUAAUUUUGCAUGGGAACAAGAAGAGUGAUAGGACUGGUGUUGGAACAUUGUCACUUUUUGGAGCUCAAAUGCGAUAUUCAUUGAGAGAAGGUGUUUUCCCACUAUUCACCACCAAAAGAGUGUUCUGGAGGGCUGUUGUCGAAGAGCUCUUGUGGUUCAUACGUGGAUCAACCAAUGCUAAAGAAUUACAAGCCAAGGGAAUAAAUAUUUGGAAUGGAAAUAGCUCAAGGGAAUUUCUCGACAGUUUAGGAUUUUAUGACAGAGAAGAAGGUGACCUGGGUCCAGUAUAUGGUUUUCAGUGGCGCCACUUUGGGGCAGACUAUGAAGGACCACAUGCAAACUAUGAAGGCAAAGGUGUUGAUCAACUGCAGCAAGUGAUAAACAUGCUACGUUCAAAUCCAGAUGACCGCCGUAUUAUCAUGAGUGCAUGGAACCCCGCAGACUUGGGCUUAAUGGCACUGCCUCCUUGCCAUUGCUUGGUCCAGUUUUAUGUAGCAAAUGGGGAGUUGUCAUGUCAGCUGUAUCAGAGGUCAGCAGAUAUAGGACUUGGGGUGCCAUUUAAUGUUGCCAGCUAUGCUCUGUUGACAUGCAUGUUAGCAGCUGUCACCAACUUGAAGCCCGGUGAGUUUAUACACACUACUGGUGAUACUCAUGUCUACUUGAGCCACAUUGAGGCACUGAAAGUGCAGAUAAAGCGUGAGCCUCGUCCUUUCCCUAAGCUGGUAAUAAAACGUGAAGUCGCCAACAUUGAAGAAUUCAAGCUAGAAGAUUUUGAGCUUCAGAAUUAUAAUCCUCAUCCCAAAAUUGAGAUGGAAAUGGCAGUGUAGAAAGUCAGCUCAGCUUUCUAAUAUUAGAUUCUUCAGUAUUUUAAUCUUUCCAGUGCAAGAACCAAAUAUUGUGGAAAUUUUAUACAUAUGUUUGUGAUAAUUAUAAUUUUUAAUUGUAUUAAGUGUUAUUUGUAGAAACAAUAUAUUUUAAGAUUUUGCGUACACUGUUUUACUGAAAAUAAAAAUAAAUAUAUAAUAAAUACACAUUUUCAUUUUGA